AUGGUGGUGCUACCUAAAGUUACCGCAAAGCGGUUUGUUCUGAAUACCGGAGAUGAAAUUCCAGCUAUUGGGCUGGGAACAUGGCAGUCGCCUCCAGACCAGGUGCGCAAAGCAGUGGCGGUUGCACUGCAGCAUGGAUAUCGACACCUCGACACGGCACGCGCGUACAAGAACGAAAAGGAGGUCGGCGAUGGCAUCAGAGACUCUGGUGUUCCCAGACAGGAGAUUUGGAUCACCACCAAACUCGCCAAUACAGACCAUAAACGCGUGGCCGAAGCGCUCGAGGAGUCGUUGCAAUUCUUGGGGACCGACUACAUCGACUUGUAUCUGAUCCACUGGCCAUGUUCGACGGAUCCCGGGGACACGACCAAGAUGUACCAGGACUGGGACUUUGUCGACACCUGGGGCGAGAUGCAGAAGCUCGUGGGCUCGGGCAAGGUGCGCAACAUUGGCGUGUCGAAUUUCGGCAUCACGCAGCUCGAACGAUUGCUCGGCCACCCGACAACGACCAUCGUGCCGGCGGUGAAUCAGAUCGAGCUACACCCGUACCGCCCCUCUCCCAAGCUGGUGAAGUACAAUUCCGGCAAGGGCAUCCACUCGACGGGGUAUUCGUGCCUGGGCUCCACCAAUUCACUCCUGUAUUCCGACCCUGUCUUGCUCGAGUUGAGCGCCCAGCGCGGCCGGACACCCCAACAGAUCAUGCUUGCGUGGGGAAUACAGAAGGGAUGGAGUGUGUUACCCAAGAGUGUCACUCCAGAAAGGAUCAGGAAGAACUUUGACCUGGACGGCUGGAGCUUGAGUGCGGAUGAGAUCAAGGUGAUAGACUCGUUGACCGGGCGUAUGAAGGUGUGUGACGGCGCCUUCCUACCUCGUGGAGCAAAGGUUUUUUACGGCGAUGAUGAAUAG